AUGGAAGAAGGCGAGAAAAACAAAGUAUUCCAUUUCAAUAAGACAUUAUCAUUGGUACUAUAUGGUUUCGUAUCAGUAACUUUGGUUUUUUUGAAUAAAAAAAUAUUUAUUAGCAGCUUUAGUUAUCCACUGUUUACAACAUGGAUACAACAAGUAUGUGGAGUAUUCUGUUAUUUAAUAGCAUAUACAAUAUUGAAAAAUAUAUUUGGGAAAGAUAAUAUAAUUUCAAAGCCAUCAAUUCAACAUGAAAAGAUCAAAUGCUGUCUUCCAAUGUCUUUGGCAUGCACUUCAUUUAUACUUCUUUCAAAUUUGUGCUUAAAGUAUGUCCCAAUGUCAUCAUAUGCAAUCACAAGGUCUUUGACUUUAUUCUUUAAUAUAAUAUUUUCAAUAUUAAUGCUUAAGCAGCAAAUUUCAGGUAUAUGUAUUUUUGGAUGUGGAAUUGUCAUUAUGGGAUUUAUUGUUGGCUCAUUUGAUUCAUCAUCUUUAGGUUUAUAUGGAAUAUUUGCUGGAGCUAUUUCUUCUUUUUUUCAAUCAAUAUAUACUGUUCAAAUCAAAAGUGUAUCAAAAAAAAUAAAUGAUGAAUUCCAAGUUUACUGGUACAAUGUUCUUAUUACUUCAUUUUUGGCAAUUAUUCCAGUUUUCAUUUUUGGAGAACAUGAAGCAUUUAUUGAGUUAUCUAAUUUGGAUUUUAGAGAAUUUAUCAUGAAAUUUGGGCCUAUUUUAAUUAGUGGUAUUUUGAACUUUUUCCUUGGGGUUAUUAUAAUAUGGUGUAUUCACGUUACAUCUCCCAUAGCUUAUAAUCUGACUGGUUACAUAAAAUCUGGCAUUCAAACUUUGAUUGGAAUUAUAUUAAAUAACGAAGAGCUUAAAUAUUCAACUAUUUUUGGAUUAACUAUGACUAUUGGUGGAUCUGCGAUAUAUUCUUUUGGGAAUUUGAUCAAAUUCACUCCAGAUAAGAAUAUUCAUUUGAAUGAAUGUGAUAAUACUCCUGAAGAGGCAAUUCAUUAUAAAAACAAUUAUGACCAUAAUUCUAUAGCAUCAGGAACAUCUUUUGAAUAUGAUAGUAACAAACAACUUAAAAUGAUUGAUUCUUUUUAUGGAGUUGAAAGUAAGAAUCCUGAGGCCAAUUGCGAUCAAUUCAUUAAGAAUAGCAAAUACAGAAAAAUAUCUCAAAUUGAAUCAUUGGAUGAGAAUCUGAUAAGUUUCUGUAAACCCAACGAAAAAACUCAAGAGAUCUAUUCAUCUAGCUGA